AUGAAGAAAUCCAUCUGUAAGACCCCGGAGCUGUGUGUCCCUAUGAGGCUCAGAGUUCUGCGGAAUGGAGACAAGAAUAAAAAUAGAGCCUUUAUUAUAAUUGGUCCAGACAGCUCACCUGGACGGAAAAUGCAGUGCACUGAAAUUUUAAAUUUACCUUCUGCAGCUCGGAGAUUGUUCAAUGAAAAGGGAAAGGAAAUCUUUGCCCUAAAAGACCUUCAAAGAGAUGAACUGGUAUAUGUUUCAUGUGGAGAACAUUGGAUCAAUCCUGAUGUGUCCAUUGCUCAGCAAAAGAAACAAAUCUUCCUGAGAAACUUAGCAUCAGAUAUUUCUAAAAUUCAAACUUUCUGCAGUAUACGUAAGAUAGAGGCUCUUGUUUUAGAAGUCCAAAGUGACAUCGUGUCUGGAGCCAAGCUUGCUGUGCAUAAGCCUGUAGCAAUUUUUGGAGAAGAGAAGCAAAUGAUAGGACCAAAGGAAAAGCAAAUGCAAAAAAAUGCUUUAACAACGGAAAAGGCUUCCAGUGAAAUUCUAGAUUCACAUGCAAGAGCCCAUCUCCGAAUGAAAGCUUGUCACACACUUCUCAGGUAUGCCUGGCAGGAAACUCCUCAUGACUUUGAUGAGGAUGACAGUCUUCCAAAGAAAAUGGAAGAAGAACUCUUUGAAAAUGUGGAACCACAGAAGAAAUACAGCCAUUCUCCAAAGCAGAGUAAAUUGCAGAAGCUUUGCCACCAGCAGUUUGAAUACAGAGAUGGGCAAAUUAUAAGCUGUGCCGCUCCUCAGCUAGUUUUGGGAGUUCGAGGUCCUGAUCUGCGCUCAGGCAUGGAGGUAGUUUUGGUGGAGAAGAAAGUGGAUGGUAGUCAUCAACGAUGGAUGCACAAGGAAGGCAGCAGGACCUUUCACCUGGUGAGCAACCCAGACCUUGUUUUGGCAGUGUCCAUGACCAACACAAGAAAUGAAGCCUAUGGCUAUCCAGUUAUUGUUCAGAAAUACAAACCAUAUAACAAUGGGACGUCCAAUCAAAAGUGGAAUUAUGUGGAAAAUACCAAAGCUUUUAUGGCCUUUCAUAGCACUGCAUUGGAUAAGGAGAUCACAGCAGCAAAUUAUGCUGGUAUUUGUACAUCCUCUGUGCUUAAAGAGGAGAACAUUGAUCAACCAGGAUACUAUUAUUUCUCACCCACUGGAAAGAAAAAAACAAUGCUCUGCUUAGCAUGUGGACAAUCCAUGAGAGCAGAGAAGGGGCUCAAACAGUUGUGUCCAGGACUGCCAUUCCUCUGUGCCUCGGGCUGCAAGACCCAGACACCGUUCUCACGAGGGCCUUUCAAGGUCAUCAGUGUGGCAGAGGCUGAUUUAUCUUCUUAUGAGGCUGAGAAAACGCUAAGUUAUUAUGAAGAACGCCUAUUAUCUUUACGGAUGAAGACUUGCGCGCAAGUUGUAUCUCAUAGGGGUACAGCAGCUCUGCACCAGAAGGCAGUGAAAGUAAUUGCAUACAAAAAUGGAGAUGGAUAUCGAAAUGGGAAGUUAAUUGUGGCUGGAACAUUCCCCACACUUCUUACAGAAUGCACGGAGCAACUUGGUCUCACCAGAGCAGCCUCCAAAGUAUAUACCAAAGAUGGGACCACAAUCCUUUCCUUACGUGAUUUGGUUUUAUGGGCGCUAGAGGAAUCUUUCAUCCAGAGAAACACUGAGGAACAAAAGAAAGAGGCAGUCCCUGUUCGAACAAAGGAGACAACUAUUAAAAAAAACUCAAGAAUGAAAGUGAAAACCAAAUUGUUUCCAAAGUCUGUGACAUCCGAUAGUUUGGAUGGUAUAGAUAAGUCUUUGCUCACUCUCAUCCUCAGAAAUCCCAUUGCCAUCUGGGUAUCUUGUGGUGAACCAUUUCUAUCUCCGAAGGAAAGCCCAAAAAUUAGAAAAACAGAAGUGGCUAAAAAAAGACAAAAUUUUGGCUGA